CUUCACACCACCAGAUGCAGACUCGCUCACAGAAACGUCGUCGAAGUCCGAGCGUUUCUGAAUCCAGCUCAAGACAAUCCCCCUCCAACAAGAAGCGUUUAAUCUCUGAUCAUGCUCUUGUACUCUCGAUACCGGCUUCGUCUAUUUCGCUGCAUACACACACGAUGGCUCAGUGCACGCUCUCCUCAUCUUCCUUCUCUGCCUGUGGGCUCGGCUCGCCUCUGGCGUCAACCCUAUCAAGCACCCCUUCUCCAGUGCCGUCGACUCUAGGAGGUACCGAGACAGAGGGUUGUUGGAGUGCCAUGCAGGAUGAGCCUGUAGUAAAUCAAGUGCAACCCGACUUUUUGGAGGCAGCGGAGGCGAUGAGAAUCGAUGAUUCCCCCGGAGAUGUCGAUGCCGAUGCCGACAUGGAUCAGAAGAACCUAAUCCCCUCAAUGUCGUCGAUGUUGUCGAAGUCCUUCAUCAUACCCGCUGUUCUCUUACAGCCUCCUACGCCGUUACUGCACCAGUCACCGCGCCAUUCUCAUGUCCCAAUUCUACCGCCCCCACUGCCCAAAUCCUCUGCACAUGCAGUCUCCUCGCGAACAACAGGGCUAACUGUUUCGCGGAGGCGAUUCAUUAUGGGACCCAGAGAAGGCUGCGAGAAAUGCAGAUUGAGGGUGCCUGGCCAUUACGGCCAUAUAGAUUAAUUGGCUACCUCCAGCGAGCAAACUAUUCAACGUCUUUGGGGGUUUACAUCAAUAUGUUUUAUACGGAUUCACAACGUGAUGCAGAACUGUGUUUGUACAUCAAUGGAGCUGGCGCUGUAAUUUAAU